AUGGUGCACAUAUCGAACACGUUGACCCGCAGAUUACUGGUCACAAGGUGUCCCAAGGGAUCCCCACGGGAUAUAGUCAAAGUACAGACUACCGGUCACAAGGUGUACCACAUGAUCCCCACGGACUCUCCUCCCAUAGUCAAGGUACAGAUUACUGGUCACAAGGUGUACCACGGGAUCCCCACGGACUCUCCUCCCAUAGUCAAGGUACAGAUUACUGGUCACAAGGUGUACCACAUGAUCCCCACGGACUCUCCUCCCAUAGUCAAGGUACAGAUUACUGGUCACAAGGUGUACCACGGGAUCCCCACGGACUCUCCUCCAAUAGUCAAGGUACAGAUUACUGGUCACAAGGUGUACCACGGUAUCCCCACGGACACUCCUCCCAUAGUCAAGGUACAGAUUACUGGUCACAAGGUGUACCACGGGAUCCCCACGGACUCUCCUCCCAUAGUCAAGGUACAGAUUACUGGUCACAAGGUGUACCACGGGAUCCCCACGGACUCUCCUCCCAUAGUCAAGGUACAGAUUACUGGUCACAAGGUGUACCACGGGAUCCCCACGGACUCUCCUCCCAUAGUCAAGGUACAGAUUACUGGUCACAAGGUGUACCAUGGGAUCCCCACGGACUCUCCUCCCAUAGUCAAGGUACAGAUUACUGGUCACAAGGUGUACCAUGGGAUCCCCACGGACUCUCCUCCCAUAGUCAAGGUACAGAUUACUGGUCACAAGGUGUACCACAGGAUCCCCACGGACUCUCCUCCCAUAGGCAAGUUACAGAUUACUGGUCACAAGGUGUACCACGGGAUCCCCACGGACUCUCCUCCCAUAGUCAAGGUACAGAUUACUGGUCACAAGGUGUACCAUGGGAUCCCCACGGACUCUCCUCCCAUAGUUAAGGUACAGAUUACUGGUCACAAGGUGUACCACGGGAUCCCCACGGACUCUCCUCCCAUAGUCAAGGUACAGAUUACUGGUCACAAGGUGUACCAUGGGAUCCCCACGGAGUCUCCUCCCAUAGUUAAGGUACAGAUUACUGGUCACAAGGUGUACCACGGGAUCCCCACGGACUCUCCUCCCAUAGUCAAGGUACAGAUUACAGGACACAAGGUGUACCACGGGAUCCCCACGGACUCUCCUCCCAUAGUCAAGGUACAGAUUACUGGUCACAAGGUGUACCACGGGAUCCCCACGGACUCUCCUCCCAUAGUCAAGGUACAGAUUACUGGUCACAAGGUGUACCACGGGAUCCCCACGGACUCUCCUCCCAUAGUCAAGGUACAGAUUACUGGUCACAAGGUGUACCACGGGAUCCCCACGGACUCUCCUCCAAUAGUCAAGUUACAGAUUACUGGUCACAAGGUGUACCAUGGGAUCCCCACGGACUCUCCUCUCAUAGUCAAGGUACAGAUUACUGGUCACAAGGUGUACAAAGGGAUCCCCACGGACUCUCCUCACACAGUCAAGGUGUACCACGGGAUCCCCACGAACUUUCCUCCCAUAGUCAAGGUACAGAUUACUGGUCACAAGGUGUACCACGGGUUACCCACGGACUCUCCUCCCAUAGUCAAGGUACAGAUUACUGGUCACAAGGUGUACCACGGGAUCCCCACGGACUCUCCUCCCAUAGUCAAGGUACAGAUUACUGGUCACAAGGUGUACCACGGGAUCCCCACGGACUCUCCUCCCAUAGUCAAGGUACAGAUUACUGGUCACAAGGUGUACCACGGGAUCCCCACGGACUCUCCUCCCAUAGUCAAGGUACAGAUUACUGGUCACAAGGUGUACCACGGGAUCCCCACGGACUCUCCUCCAAUAGUCAAGGUACAGAUUACUGGUCACAAGGUGUACCAUGGGAUCCCCACGGACUCUCCUCUCAUAGUCAAGUUACAGAUUACUGGUCACAAGGUGUACAAAGGGAUCCCCACGGACUCUCCUCACACAGUCAAGGUACAGAUUACUGGUCACAAGGUGUACCUAGGGAUCCCAACGAACUUUCCUCCCUUAGUCAAAGUACAGAUUACUGGUCACAAGGUGUACAACGGGAUCCCCACGAACUUUCCUCCCAUAGUCAAGGUACAGAUUACUGGUCACAAGUUGUACCACGGGUUACCCACGAACUCUCCUCCCAUAGUCAAGGUACAGAUUACUGGUCACAAGGUGUACAACGGGAUCCCCACGGACUCUCCUCCCAUAGUCAAGUUACAGAUUACUGGUCACAAGGUGUACCAAUGGAUCCCCACGGACUCUCCUCCCAUAGUCAAAUUACAGAUUACUGGUCACAAGGUGUACCACGGGAUCCCCACGGACUCUCCUCCCAUAGUCAAGUUACAGGUUACAGGACACAAGCUGUACCAUGGGAUCCCCACGGACUCUCCUCCCAUAGUCAAGGUACAGAUUACUGGUCACAAGGUGUACCACGGGAUCCCCACGGACUCUCCUCCCACAGUCAAGUUACAGAUUACAGGACACAAGGUGUACCAAGGGAUCCCCACGGACUCUCCUCCCAUAGUCAAGGUACAGAUUACUGGUCACAAGGUGUACCACGGGAUCCCCACGGACUCUCCUCUCAUAGCCAAGGUACAGAUUACUGAUCACAAGGUGUACCACGGGAUCCCCACUGAUUCUCCUCCCAUAGUCAAGGUACAGAUUACAGGACACAAGGUGUACCACGGGAUCCCCACGGAUUCUCCUCCCAUAGUCAAGGUACAUAUUACUGGUCACAAGGUGUACCACGGGAUCCCCACGGACUCUCCUCCCAUAGUCAAGGUACAGAUUACUGAUCACAGGUUGUCCCUCCCAUAG